AUGGCAGUCCGCAAGCGCCAUGAAGUGCGCCGCCGCUAUCACUGGCCUGAGCUCCAACUCAAUAUCUGGGUUAUGGUUGUGUUAUCAUGCUCAGCGACGUGUCUGGGUAUCUUCUCAUGGUUUAUGAAUGUGCAAACGCAAAUGCAUCUUGGGACACCAUGGCUCUUCCCAUACAUGGUUACCUGCAGCGCACUUGGCGUGUGCUUCAUAUUCCUCGUACUGGUCCUUGCAUCGCGGCACUUCCUCUUACCGGGGAUUAUUAUCAUCGGCAGCUUUAUUCUCCUUGUGCUAUGGCUGACGGGUCUGAUUGAGACUUCGCUGCAACUGUACGGAGUUGUCGGGAACGUGAAUGAUAAUUGCCAGAUCUAUGUGACGGAAAAUAAAUCUUGGGGGAAUAACAUUAAUACCUUGGCUUGGUUGACGCAGAGUACUAUUUGCAAUUGCUGGAAAACUGCGUUUGCGCUCGAGCUUGUUAAUACUAUUUUCUAUCUUUGGAUGAUGAUCAUGUCGUGGCAGGUUAAUCGGGAUGUUUAUGAUUGA